AUGGGGGAGCCGCUGCUGAGCACCCUGAUCUCGGGGGAGAGCCACCAUCCUUCCACUCUUCUGUCCAUGGAUCCGACGGGAAUGGCGUCGUCCCCUCACGACGACUGCGAGAUGAUCAUGCAGCAGCAGCAGCAGCGGCCGCAGAUGACCCUCUCCCGGCCGCCGGAUAUCAACCUUCCCCUGUCGGCGGAGCCCUCGCCACCGCCGCAGGCGUGGAGCCCCGACCCCUGCGAGCUCCUGGAAGUGGGGCUCGGGCCGCAGCAACUGUACGAGACGGAUGCCCUGCUCAGCCUCCCCAGAGCGGGGCCUCGCCGGUGCGCGAGACGCGGGGACAGCAUCUGGGGCGCCUGGUUCUUCUUCACCUUCUACUUCCGGCCCGUCCUCGCGGAGAAGUCCAAGGGGAAGCUCUCCUCCGCCGGCGGCGGCGCCGGCUUCGACAAGGUGGACCUCCGCCUGGACGUGUUUCUGGUGCAGCACGACAUGGAGAACAUGUACAUGUGGGUCUUCAAGGAUCGCCCUGAGAACGCCCUCGGGAAGAUGCAGCUGCGGAGCUACAUGAACGGGCACUCCCGCCCCGGGGAGCCCCACUUCCCCUUCAGCGCUGACAAGGGCUUCGUCCGCUCUCACCGGAUGCAGCGGAAGCAGUACAGAGGCCUCUCCAAUCCGCAGUGCCUCCAUGGAAUCGAGAUCGUCCGGCAGCCCAACCUGGCCGCCGUCCCCGAGGCGGACCGCAAGCGCUGGGCGGAGCUCACGGGGAGGGAUGCCGCCUUCGCGGUGCCCCUCGAGGCCAGCGACUUCGGCUUAUGGCGGAACCUCCCCACCAUAGAUUUCGAGCUCGAUCGCCACCACCACCUUCCUUCCCCCUCCGCCAGGCCCAGGAGGCUCCUCACCGGCCCCGGCCUUAACCUGUCCAAUGGCAACGGCGGCGAGUUUGGUCCGGCCUGCAACAAGCGGCGCAAGGAGUACCUCUUCGGGGGGAUGGAGGAGGACUGCUGCCUGUCGGCCUUCUCCGGCGACGCGCCGACGCCGCCGGCGGAUCCGCCGUGGCUGGCGGAGUUCUCCGGCGUAAUGAAGCGCGCCUACGGGCCCGUCACCGCGGCGAAGACGAUAUACGAGGACGAGGAAGGGUACCUGAUCGUGGUGAGCCUGCCGUUCGCUGACCUCCUGCGGGUGAAGGUUUCCUGGAAAAACACACCCACGCACGGCGUGGUGAAGAUACUCUGCGUGAGCACCGCGCGGAUGCCCUACGUGAAGCGCCAUGACCGGACCUUCAAGCUGACGGAUCCCUCGCCGGAGCACUGCCCGCCGGGGGAGUUCGUGAGGGAGAUUCCGCUGGCCACCCGCAUCCCCGAGGAUGCCCAACUGGAGGCCUUCUACGACGAGAGUAGCACCGUCUUGGAGAUCGUGGUGCCCAAGCACCGUGCGGGCCCCGAGGAGCACGAGGUCCGCGUCUGCCUGCGCCCCCACCUCGGAGCCAACGAGUUCCUCUUGGCAUAA